AUGGGAGGGGUUUUAAUCCCCGCGCCAUUCCAAUUUUGGGAGGGUAAGGAGAUUUCAGUUUUAUCCAACGAAGAUAUUGUUGGACCUUCCAUGAUUUUAAAGUAUUUAAGAACAUUGCAGCCUUAGAAUACGAGCAUAAUUUGAAGAAAGGCUCGAUCAGAGAGACCCUGCUGUCCCCAGAAUUUGUUGGGAGAUUCCAUGAAUUAGAGAGGGGCCAGCUGACUUUGGAUGACUUCAGAAAUCUCUUCACUUUCUUUUACAACCGACAACAUGGAACUAAUGCAGCGUCUAUCCCUUGUCUGGACUGGCUUACAAAUGGUCCCACUAUUGAUCCCAAAUGGAUCCCCAUAUUGGAAUCCUUGAGGUCUCAAGGAUUAAAAUUAUAUUUGUUGACGAAUAAUUGGUUCUUUGACAGAGCCAGAUGUCUUCCGACUCUUCCCAUUGAUACCAGAGUCUUCCAUGGGAUCUUUGAAUCGUGCAGAUUGGGAAUGAGGAAGCCGGAAGAAAAGAUUUAUGAACAUGUCAACAGAAAUUUGAAUCUGCCUCCAGAGCAAGUGUUAUUUAUUGAUGAUCUAGGAGAAAAUCUGAAAGUGGCCAAAAACCGUGGAUGGAAAACUCUGAAGGUGGGCGUGCGACAAGAGUUUUUUUCAAUGUAUUAUAAUUACAGUGUGACAACAUCGAAAAUUGCAUCGAAGAGAUCGGAAAAGUUCUAUCCGUGAAUCUGCGGACUCAAGUACCCGGAACUCGACCUUGCUUGAGCCGUAAGUCGAUGAUGACCAACCAAAAGUGCUUUAGAUGAAAUUCUCGACCAAACCGCCCUCACCAGGUAUCUCCAAAGUCUUUUCCAGUCGUCCUCCACUACUCUUGAAGUCAAGAAAUUUGGGCAUGGCCAGUCGAAUCCAACGUAUUACGUCAGAUACGACAAUCGGGAACUAGUACUGCGCAAGAAGCCGGUAAGUGUUUUAGAUUGACUGGUUAUAGUAUUACAGAGCGGGAAACUUCUUCCCUCCGCUCAUUUAAUAGAUCGAGAAUACCGAGUUCAGAAGGCUGUCCAGAAGGAAGUCCCAGUGGCCAGAGUGCUCGAUUAUGCUGAAGGGUAAGGUGAAAGACAAAAUUCGUUUAUUUACAGAGUGCUGGACACUCCCUUCUAUAUCAUGGAGUAUGUCAGAGGGCGUAUAAUAACGGAUUAUGAACUGAAAUCAGUCCCCAGAGAACAAAGAAGACUUUAUUGGCUAGAGCUAGUGAAGGUUCUGGCCAAAAUUCAUUCCCUCAACUAUCACAAAGCAGGUCUGGAUAAAUACGGCAAAGGCGGAAAUUACAUUGAGAGGAAUCUGAAGACCUGGUAUCGCAAUUAUAAUGCCUCAAAGACCACUGAAUUGGCUAUCGCCGACCAUAUCCAUGACAUGUUAUCCAAACAGAUCCCUUCAGAAUCCAUGGUCACUCUGGUCCACGGAGACUUCAGAUUAGAUAACGUCAUCUUCCAUCCAACUGAACCCAGAAUCGUGGCCGUUUUGGAUUGGGAAAACUCGACGAUUGGAGAUCCGAUGACUGACCUGGGAACCCUUUUGAUCAACUAUUAUCAUGAUGAAAAGAAGUUGUUCCCAACUCUGAAACCAAUUAAUACGUUGCAACAGAGAGGAUUACCCCAGGAUAACGAGUUAUUCCAAGUGUACAAGGAUCUUCUCAGAGUGAAUCCAAAGCCUCAAUGGAUGGAAUCUGGAGUCAAAGCGCCGGAAUGGAACUUCUACGUGGCUUUUCUGUUAUUCAGAAUUGCCGCCAUCAGUCAAGGCGUUUACAAAAGACAUCUAACUGGCCAGGCGUCAUCUCCAGAUGCCGCCUUUUAUGGGCCUUUGGUUAAAAGAUUACUGGAACAAAGCUAUAUAACUCUACAAUACAAGAAUUACGGUAAUUCAUAUAACAAACAAUCUUAUUUUGUCCAGGAAAAUUCGCCGUGGUACCUUCAGCAUUAUCGCCUAAAGCUCAGAAAUACCAUGAACUUGUAUAUAAAUUUGUGCAUGAGGUAAGUGACCAGGCCCACUCAACAUAACAAUAUUCAGAAAAUCAUCCCGAGAGAACAAGAAUUCCUGGAAAUCUCGGAGAGUGACAACAAAUGGAAGUUGAAUCCAUUAACGGAGCAAUUGAAGAGGGAAGCCAAGGCCCUCGGUCUCUGGAAUCUGUUUAUUCCACAUCAUCUCGAUCCAAUGGAAAGAUACGGAAAGGGAUUAACCAAUGUGGAGUAUGCAAUGAUCUGCGAACUGAUGGGGAAGUGUGUGUUUGCACCUGAAAUCUUCAACUGCGGGGCUCCUGAUACUGGUAAUAUGGAAGUGUUGAUCAAAUACGGGACUGAGGAACAAAAGAAAGCUUGGCUCACACCACUUUUGGAAGGUGAGAUCAGAUCUUGUUACGCAAUGACGGAGCCUGAUGUCGCUUCGUCUGAUGCCACCAAUGUCCAAGGGAGCAUCGUCAGGGAUGGAAAAGGGAAUUUUGUCAUCAAUUCAAGGAAAUGGUUCACUUCCAAUGCCGCUCAUCCCAAUUGUAAGAUCUGCGUUUUCAUGGGAAAGGUCCAAGGAUGGGAAAAGAAGAGGCUCCAUGAGAGACAGAGCAUGAUACUUGUGCCUAUGGAUACCCCCGGAGUCACCGUGGUAAGAGCUCUGAACACUUUGGGGACAUACGACGCACCGGGGGGACAUUGUGAAGUCACAUUUGAGAACGUUGUUGUACCCGAAUCUAAUCUGAUACUUGGAGAAGGAAGAGGAUUUGAGAUUGCACAAGGAAGACUAGGACCCGGAAGAAUUCAUCACUGUAUGAGAUUGAUUGGACAUUGUACUAGAUCUCUGGAAUUGUUUAAAGAAAGAGUAAGCCCGUUAGAAAAACCUUUAUAAACCCCAAACUUUUUCAGGUGACAUCGGAUCGCAAAAUCCAAGGCCAGAAGUUGGUCACCUUCCAGAAUGUCCGAGUUGAUCUGGCCGAGUCUACGAUCCAAUUAGAACAAGCUCGUCUUCUUGUCCUCAAAGCCGCACAUAUGAUUGACACUGUCGGCCCAAAGCUUGCAGCCAAAGAGAUCGCCAUGAUCAAGGUGGCCGUUCCCCGAAUGGCCUUUACUCUUAUCGACAAGGUUAUCCAGACCUUCGGAGCAGCCGGAGUCACUCAUGACUAUCCACUGGCCGUUUUCCUUAUCUGGGCUCGGAGUCUCAGAUUGGCCGACGGCCCUGAUAUUGUCCAUCUGGAAACUGUGGCCAAACAAGAACUUUCCAAAUUGUAG